UGUGCAAGGAAUACGACCGCCACGUGCAGAACGGUUCACUGCUAAGUCUAGUUUGUGUUCUUUGACCCUGUUGAGGCUGUAAAAGGGUCUAGUUACGCUUUCUUGAGGAGCUUUUUAUCUCUUGCCAUCUCGGUUACAAAUUGACCUGGAAUGGAGCUCCAGAAGCAGAAUGAAGAAAAGCUACGAGAAGCAUGUUGUUAUGGUGACAAUGAAGCUAUCCUGACACUGGUUUCCAGAGGCAUCAACAUAAACAGUAAACAUGAUAUUAAUGGCUGGACGGGUUUACACUGGGCUUGCAAGAGAGGCAAUAUUGAAACAGUCCGUUUACUUUUGGCAAAUGGGGCUGACCCAGAAAUAGAAAAUAACCAGUCACAAACACCAGCUCAACUGACAAAUAAUCCACAGAUUCUGCAACUACUUGGUGCAGAGGUUACUCUCUCUAAUGACGGAACAGCGGCAAACCCUGAUUCUCUUCCCAUAACACCAAAUUAUAUGGCACACCCACCCAUGGACUACAAAGUUUCAGUCGGUGGUAAAAAUAUCUCUGCAAAGCCCAUCAUUAAUGGAUUAGCAGAAGGCAAUGGCCAUCAAAAUACCAUAAAUCAUGCUGCAGUUUCAGGGCCAGCACCCUACCCACCUUCCAGCUAUGAUUAUUUUGCAAGGCAAAACAAAGAACUGGUGUUAAAAGUGAGGGUGGCGAACACAGAUGACCCAGACUUCAUUGAAGUGGAAUUCCAGAGAGCUCAAAUAAAUUAUAGUCAUCUACUAACAACAUGUUGCAAAGAACUGGCAGUAAACCCCCAGUUAGUGGAAAGAAUAAGGAAACUUCCAAACACCCGUCUCAGAAAUGAUAAAGAUGUUCAACGUUUGUGUGACUUUAUGGAGCUGGAACUUGUAAUUAAAGGUCAAAAUAGGGUUCCUAUAUCUAGAAGUGACACUCGGUCAACUUCUAAAAAUAAUUAUAAGUCAAUUCAAGGAUUUAAAAAUCAAACUAUUUUGUACUAGGUAAGUUAAUACUACUUUUAUAUUAUGAACCGUUUCUGAAAUGGUAGAAAUCAAACAAACAUUUUUGACAAUUUAAAUUUCUAGAAGAAUGGGGCCACCUUUAGAACAUUUAGUAGAUGACUAAUAUUUGUUGUGUAAGUAAUAUAGAUAAGUUUGUGUGUAGAAUGAUGUAAGUAAUGUCUCCUCUAUAUUUGGGGUAUUAUUGGGUACAAUACAGUACAGUACUUGAUUUUCUCUUUGGGUAGCAUAGUGACAGCCAUCCAGUGAUGGUGACAGACUUAGGAAUGUGAAAAUUCAUAGUGGUUUAGACCCAAGAUAAAAAUCGAGUUUCAAUUAUAUUUGCAUCAUUCAAUAUCAGUUUCGUACAGUAUAUUACUAAAUUGUUGAUCGAUCAUUGCUUUCAUUGUGAAUAAAUUAUGUCAGUUUGCUAUACAUAUACAAGACAAUUCAAAGCUGAAGACUCAAGAAGUGUUACCAAUAAAAUGUCACAAUCAGAACAAGGAACUCCUGAUUAAAGUGAAAUUAAGGUACACUAGGGAAAAUAGCCCAUAAAAUCAUUAAAUAAAAAGAUCAUAACAUUUUAUGAAAAGAGACACACAAAGAUCCUAAGGUGCAGAGAAUUGUUUAAGGAUUUGAUAAAUAGACAGGGAAAGAUAUUUGAAAAGUAAACUUCAAAAUAGCCAAGAUUUUGAGCAAUUAUAUAAAAAAAAUGGAUAAUACAUUUUACAAAAUUAACAUUUCCAAAGAAAUUCCUGUACAGAUAUUAAUAACCCAAUCUACUGAUAAGAUGGUACAUUUUGUAACUAUGUGGACAUUUGUCCAAAUAUCAACAUGAUAGACAAAUAUAGAGUAGAAUUUGAUCCUACAGUAUUAAUUUUAUAUUCUGGAAAAAAUAAAGCUAAAAAGCAAACUUAAAUAUUCCCAGGUUUAGUAUAGCACAUAUAUUUAUUAUAUUAGAUCUCAGAUAGUGUGUAUUAGGCCUAGGAUGGUUAGGUUAGGUUUCAUUAGCAACAUACGUACAACAUACAAACUUUUACAGUUUGUCCAAAUUCAAUAAUACAGAAGUCUCUACUUUCUAUUAGUCCGUCAUGUCCAUAUUUGUAUGAUCGAUUACAUUGUUAAUAUAAGUACUUUCAUUUUAGGAGGAUGAGCUGGAAAAUAAGAACCAAUAAUGCAUAUUAAAUGAAUAAAAAUGUUGUAUAUUCAAUGGUGAUUUGGUUUUUAUAAAUAACAUUCCAUUGUGGCAUAUUAUAAGAAUCUUAAUAAGUCCCGCAGUUAUUUGUUUCCAAAAUAUAUUUGAUGUAUCUAGUCAUAUAGCUUGUGCCAUUCAAUUAAAUAUUUGUACAUGCACCUGAAUUAUUAAUAUUUCAUAAUGAGAAGUUGAAUAACUUGCACGUCAUGUUUCAUUUUAAUUCUUAAAAAGUUAAUGUAUUUCAGGUUAUUGGCUUCAAAAAUAGAGAUGAUUAUUCAUUUAAAAUGUUUUUUUUUUCUUUUUCCAUGUGGCAAAAUUCUAAGAAAUAUAGUGAUAAAAGUGAGAUAAUAUUGUCUAUUUAUACAUUUGUAUCAGUUAUAAUUAACAAAAAAUAAUUUCUUGAAUGUAAUGAAAAGCACUUUUGAACAAGUCACUUAGUUUCUGGGGUAGCCCCAUGUGGGACCCUGAAUUUGUCUCACUGAGAUGGUUCCAACUACCAGGUCACUUCAACCACAGAGUUCUAUUGGGUCUACUGGGGACCAGAGGCAGGACCUCCCCUCCCACCCACCUCACAGAGAUGCAGAGAGCAGGUGACACUUUGACAUCCAGAAAGUCAGAGAACCAAAUCGGACCACUGCUUGGUUCAAAGCAGUGGACUGAAACUGCCAAAUGAACUCUACAAACAAUUUAAACAAAUGAUUGCAUCUCUUUAAACUAGUGCAGGCUCGUCAGUGCUAACCCACCACCAGGGAGGAAACAAUGGAGCUCCAGGUCUUCCCCUGGUCCUUCAUACCUGUUCAGUUGCUGAUGUGGACACCAGCGAUACCAACUGUCGGGUCCGUGGGUCAUCAAUCGGCCAUGUUGGUCUCGCUGCUACUAAGCUAAGUGCUGGUAUCCUAGGACUUUGUCCUUUAGGGGCUAUUUGCUUGGUGGUAUUCUAAAUUUUAGUUAGCUUUAUGAAUGGGUUUUCUGUCCAGUUUGUGUUAUGUGGACCUGACUUGUUUGGCACUUGGAGCUGCAUGUGCUUAGGGCUCCCUUCCUUGGGUGCUCCCUAGCACCCUCGUGUACUCGCCUAGUUGUGCUUGUGGGGGUUGAGCUUCAGCUCUUUGGUCCCACCUCUCAACCUCUCAGCGUGGGGACCUUACUUUGAGUGCAGUGUUUCAAGGGCCUUUUGGUCUCUGCCUAGACCCGUAGUUGGGGCAAACAAUUUUGGUGGUUGGGGCACAGAGGUAGGCCUUCACAGUUGUUAACUAAUCUGUAUCUGUCUGCUUAUAUAAUUUUUGGCGAGCAUCCCUGGUGCUUUGGUACCCUGUUUGGUUAGUCCUUUGGGCCCUGGUAAUCCCUUGCAGGUUUUGAUGUGGCCUUUGUAUGUCGCUCCGAACAUGCUCUCAUCUUGUGUAAGUUUAAAGCCUGUUUGUCGGCCAUACUACGGAGUGAUGAUAAUUCUUUCUGCCUCUUCCAUGCUGCCAGUUGGGUCAGUGGCACCUACAACCAUGAGUCCUGUGUGGUUUGUUUUCCUCAUGUGACUCUUCUUUCUGACCUUAAAACUGAAUCAUAUGCAGUCACCUGUUGCAGAUUCAUUUUGUCCACCUUCAGUGUUUGCAGUUUUGUGCCUGGUUGAAUGCCUUGUAGUUGGUCCAUCUUAUGUUUAGGGACCCAGAAUUUGAGAUGUUGCCCACCUUGUUUUUUUUUUCUUCUAUCCAGCCCCUUCUUCUGAAACCUCUCCUCUGGACUUCGCUUCUCUGACCCCAGGUGGUGGGUGAGGACUUCGACUCUGCCCCAGGGCCAGGAAACAAAAUUGGAAAACCAUUUUAAUUCAUUGAGCAAUAUGAACAAAAAUGACCAGGUCAGUAGUGCUGAUCUAUGCACACCAGCAGUGCUGACUUAUGCUCACCAGAAGUGUUGGGGUGUGUAAGCCUAAAUCUGAAUUCAACCUUGAUAUCUCAAAUUUUGAAUUGUUCAGUCAUAACAUUUUUAGGUAAUUGAUCCUCUCAGUGAUACAUUGUCCUGGAUGAUAACUGGACCUCAAAAUGAAGUUCAGUAAUGGAUAUCUUGGUAAAUUGUUCUAGUAAUACUUAAAAUAUUAAUAAUGAGGGCAUUGGCAUUUAGUGAGAUCAUAAAUAACCCAGAAAGUAUAUAUUAAAAGUAGAAAAUUUGUGGGAGAUGCCAGAGGGAUUUUAUUUUUAAAGUAUGGUAGAGAGAGAAAUGUAUAAAAAGUUGUCAGAUGCAUAUAUUUCUUACUGCAUCUACACAUCCACUUUAUUGGCUGACUACAUUUGGAAAUGACUAAUUUUAAAUAUAUGUAAACAUAUGCAAGUUUAGUUUUUCAUAUAGGUAAUUGCAUUUUCACAUUUUAUUGAUACAGGCUGAAUUCUUCUUUUUAAGUUUUAAGGUGUAAGCAUAAAUGUCUAAUGCAGUACAACUGAACUAUCUCUUAAUUUAUUUUCUUCUCUGGGACUUUGUAAUUUGCAUUCAUCGCAGAUUUUUGUCAGUCAUUAGAAUAUAAGGAAAAAUGGUUUCCAUGACCAUAUCACUUAAGAACUGAGAUCUCUGCAAAUUCCAUCCAGGCAUAAGCUAACUUUGAAGGAUCUGCUGUAUUAUUUUGCAAUGGUAAAGAUAGGAGCAUUGUAACUCAAUGAAUGCUUCUGUCUCACUUAUGUACAAGGCUUCCCUUUUGAAUUCUCCACAAGGGAAUCUUACCAUUGCUUUACUAUUUUAAUCCUGAUUCACUUGUAUCUUUAGAAUCUGUCCUGCUAAGGCUUCUAAAGUGCAUCUGAUGUUGUAAGCCUAAAUUAUGCAGGCUUAGGUCAUGUAAAUCUACAGGGAAAGAUAGGACAUUAUUAUUGCCUUAUAUCUAUAUAGAAGCUUGGAAUCUCUGCCCAAAGAGCAGUUUCUAUUUAAUGCUUAUUCAUAUAAACAUAAUUCCAAAGACAGUUAAGUUUAAAAUGUACAUGUAAAUGUAAUUCCAAAGUUAGUUAAGUAUAAAAUGCUGUAUAUACCUUAGUACUGUUAAUUGCCAAAAUGCCUAAGUGUAAAAUGAAAAGAAGUCCUCUAGAAAUUGUUGACAAUAAAGACUCCAGACCACUGCUUUAAGAAUUCAUAUUGAUAUAAUAGGUGUUGCUGUAUUUAAGAAUUUUGUAUGAAAGUACAGUGUAUGUUGUUGACCAAGGGGUUAUGAACAUCAGAUCAUACUGUUACUAGUGCUGUAUUAACCCUCGCACUGCUCCUGUCAACACGCAGUUUUUUUCCCAUUUGUUUUGUUAAUAAAUUGUUUUUCUUGGAUUCUUGAAGCUCUCUGAAGUACUGUAGUUGUGUGACAUAUUUAAAUUGCUAGUGCAUCAAUUUUUUGGGGGGUUAAAGUUAAAGGUAAAACUAUGGGUUACAGCUAAACUACAAGAGACUUUUUACUUGGAAUUUCAUGCUUCCUGGAUGCUAAUUAACAAUACCAAAAGGAAAAAUACUGUUUUUUGGAAGAAUUUAUUUUUGGCGCACCACGGGAAUGUCGUUUUAAAAGGUGUGCAGCGCAGAGGUUAACAAUUCUUACAGCUAAAGUGGUGUUAUUUAUUAACUAAUUAUGUACUGUACUUAUGUAUGUUAGCCUGUGAUAAUUAAACACUUAAAAAUUCCUUAAGAUCACUUAAAUGAUACAUUGAGGAAAUGGAAAGGGAAUUAUUAUGUACAAAUAAAUUACUUGAUUGUAAUUUUAGUCGUAGUAUUAGGGUCCAUAACUAAGGGUUUUAUUUUUAGUAGUUUAAAGCCAGUACUGUACAGUACAACCUCAAAAAUCUAGACAAUAUUAUUCCAAACAAUUUAAUUAAUUUUUUCUUUUUAGUUUUGAGAUUUUACAGAAUUUUUCCUUUGUCUUUUGCCUAAAACUAUAUAAAAAAUAAAUACAAUACAGUAUCUUGAGGUUAUCUUGAGAUGAUUUCGGGGCUUAGCGUCCCAGCGGCCCGGUCCUCGACCAGGCCUCCUUUUUAUUACCCCCCCCCCCCCAAGAAGCAGCCCAUAGCAGCUGUCUAACUCCCAGGUACCUAUUUAUUGCUAGGUAACAGGGGCAUCAGGAUGAAAGAAACUCUUCAGGUAACCUCCAGGGCUUGCCCAAAAACUGGCAUUUCAUUACAUUCAAUUUUUUUCUGUAUUUGAUUCUAUUUGAUAUACCGCUUACAUAUCUGGACAAAUUGUUCAACCUCGAGUAAUUAAGAUGGCAAGUUGGUCCAGCUAUUUUUUCUGGAUACGAUACAUUUUUUCCAAUAGCAAAAUGUUUUUAGAUUUCUGAGGUUUCAGUUAUAUUGACUUUAGGAUUUUUUAGGUCACACACUGUAUCAUAAUCCCAAUGCAAAUUUACCAAGGCUAAUUUUAUUGAGCCCAGGUAAAUCUUCAACAUACCAGCCAACUCUUGACGUAAUAAAAUUUAUUUUUACUGUAAAUUAGAAUAACUCUAGUUCAAAUCCUGGGCAGGGUGGAAUGAUUAGGCACUAUAUCUUCAUUGUAAGCUUCUGUGCACCUAGCUGUAAUUAGGGACCUGAAUGUAAGAUGAUCGAUAUGUUGUGUCUUAAAGGAAAUGUGGAGCUCAAUAACCUGACUGAUUUAUGUACCUGGCCUAAGUCAUAUCUCAACUUUAAAAGUAUUGUAUGUUGCUAGCUUUUUUUAAUGUAAUUCUUAGUAAUUUUGUAAAAUGUGGUAAUUUUUCUUACUGCUUUAAGUGUUACACUUUUGUAUUCUUUUUGGCUGUAAUCUUUAUACAUGCACAGUUAUCCUUUACAGGUAAUUACCAGUAGUUACAUUGUAUAGAAAUACAGUACUCUAAUUAUGUUUAAAUCAUUGAGAAUUUUAAAAUACUAAACUUCAUUAAAGUUUAAAUAAAUUUUGGUAAUGAAAAAAUGUAUAGGUUUUCUAAAUGAUCUAAAUAUUUUAAUUUACAUCUUCUAUAUAGUAUAUUGUUUUCUUAGCUUCUUUGCUGUACAGUAUAACCAUUUGAAUUGAAAUACUAUGUAUUUUGUGUGAUGUUUUAUUCUGUCUAGAAUAAAUGAUGCUUUAGA